CAAAUUGGGAACCAGUUUACUCUCAAAACAAAACAAACAUGGGACAAGUAUUUUCGUGAUUGAUAUCUGACUUUGACAGACGUUGAGGCUGGUAGCACUGCAUGAUGACAAGUUCGAAAUGGCGCGCAGACGUUCUAGCAUCAGAGUGACACUUAUUGGAGUAAUUUGUAUAUUAUUUCUUGGCCUGUCGUUUUGGAAUGAAGUGAUUUACCAAGUCAAUCAAGAUUCAACUUCGGAAGACAGAAAUGCCCAUGGCCCCUCCCGGCACUUACUGGCAACACUUCCCAACUGCACCCCACGGGCCAUAGAGCAGUUCCCUAGGGACUUGUUCUCAAUGAAGCAACGUAAAGAAGGGGCGAUUAUACUUCACAUUUCGGUUGCUUUUUACAUGUUUCUUGGCUUUGCCCUGCUGUGCGAUGACUACUUUGUACCAGCUUUGGAGAUAAUUUGUGAAGUGCUGCACAUCCAAUCUGACGUGGCUGGUGCUACAUUCAUGGCCGCUGGGAGCUCUGCACCAGAACUUGCAACAUCCAUUAUUGCAGUCUUCAUUGCAAAGGAUGACAUUGGAGUUGGUACAGUGGUGGGAUCAGCCGUGUAUAACAUCAUGUUUGUCAUCAGCAUCUGCGCGCUUUUUGCUGGAACGGUUGUACACUUGAACUGGUGGCCAUUGCUGCGGGAUUGCGUCUUCUACUCACUGAGUGUGGCAGCCCUAGCAGUUGUCUUAAUUGACGAGGAAGUAUACUGGUUUGAAUCCUUGACAUUUCUCCUCCUCUAUUGUUUCUACAUUCUCAUCAUGUACUACAAUACCAAUCUGGAAACGCGCUUCAAGAAAUGGUUCAAGUGCUGUUGCAAGGGCAAUAAAAAUGUUACUCAAAUCCAACUGACGCUUACCCCGGUGAAGUGCAAAACCGAUAUUCAGUGCAAUGUAGCUAUAAUGGAGACAGUUUUUGUUUCCGACGAGGCUUCUGAUGAAGAAGAAAUGACAGCAGAAGAUGCGCCGUUUAUCUCAAAGUCGGCCACCGAUACUUCAAAAUCCAACGGCUCACAACCUAUGCAAGAAUCUCAUGACACUGAAAAGUCUGUGUUAAGUCGGCCUUCGUCCUGCUGGAAACUGCCUCUAUGGUUGAUAUCGCUACCUCUGAAGUUGCUUUUCUUCGUGACAAUUCCCGACUGUACCAAGCCACGCUGGAGUAGAUGGUUCGUCGUAACAUUUCUGAUGUCACUGGUUUGGCUCUCGGCUCUCUCAUACCUCAUGGUGUGGAUGAUCACGAUAAUUGGCUACACUGCUGGCAUCGCUGACACCAUCAUGGGUCUUACCCUGAUAGCGUUUGGCGUCAGUCUACCCGACGUGAUAACCAGUCUGAUCGUCGUGCGAACGGGUCACGGUGACAUGGCCGUGUCAAACGCAGUAGGCAGUAACGUGUUUGACAUUCUCGUGUGUCUGGGAGUGCCGUGGUUGCUUCUUAGCGCGAUCAGGCGUGGAGAACCAAUUCAAGUGUACAGUGGAGGUCUGGUCUACGCCACGCUGACCCUGCUGGGAACAGUAGCGUUCCUCCUCCUGGCCACACAUUUCAACGGAUGGCGACUCACGAAGCCCUUCGGUGUCAUCCUGAUGAUCGUGUACCUGGCCUUCACAGCCCUCACUUCACUGUACGAGCUCAACAUGUUCGGUUAUGUUCAUCCCAAGGAGUGUCUGUCUUCUUACGAUUAGGCAUAAUUUUAUACCAGCAAAUGAAGGUUGUGCUGGGGGUAUACUGGAAUUGCCAUGCAUGUCGGUCGCUUAGUUGAUUGCUUAUGAUAAGGCGUAAUUUUUAACCUGCAAAUGAAGUUUGUGUUGGGAGUAUACUGGAAUCACCAUGUAUGUCAGUCAGUUAGUUGAUUACUCAUGUUAGCGUGUUUUUUUUUAUACCCCACAAACAAGAUUUGUGCCUGGUUUACUUCAAUCACUCUGUUAGUCAGUCCGUUAGAUGGUUGGUUUGUCAUGCUGUACAUGUUAGAUUUUUGUCGUGAAGUUGUCUAACAGUUUUCUGCCUGAAAUGGAACUUGAUAAAUAUGUUGUUUAUACUGUGUAGAAGUGCAACAUAUCAUUUUCUUGCACGUCCCUUUUUUUGUGUGCAGAGUUAUGUACCCUUAAAAUUAGGCAAAUUUUGUAUACUUGCAUCAUGGUAUAUUUGUACUUUGUGUGGUCAAAAGUUUUCUGUGCAUCAAAACAAAACAUCCUUGGAUUAUUGUUUAUACUAUGUAGAAUUUCAAGACUUCCGUCUGCUUUAAAUGAGCAAUAUCCGGGGUAUUUGUCAUCAUCAAUAACAGUCCAUGUAUGUUUUGUUUUUGUAGUGAUUUAGUUGCUUUUAUCAAAGAACUGGCCAUAACUUUCAAAAGUUAUUUUGUCCUUUUAUAUUUUAGAAUGUUGAAAAAAAUAUCCUUGAUGUAUAUUUUCCCAUGGAAUUAAAUAUUAAGAGCAUUUCACUAGGAUGCAACAAUUAUUUUUUAUGGGUUAAUUUUUUUUAAAGGUUAAUUACCAGGUGAACAGAAAAACGGUGAAAUGUUGUAUAAGAUUUAAAAAUUAUUGCAUUUGCAUGUACAUACUCCCUUUAAAAAAUAUAAUAACAUUUUAAGGUUUAUAUUUACUAGAAAAUUUCACUGAUUAACCAAUCGUUAAGAAGAUUAAGGGGUUUAUUGUUGCAUCCCGUAUUUUUAUAUUACAGUUUGAGCAUUUUCGUUUUUACAAAAAUGGUCUUACGUUAUCAAAUCGUUUGAUGUCAAAUUGACAAAGGAAAGAGGUAUUUGCCAGCUGAGCAUUUUAGUCUCUCCAUGGGAAAACAGGGCUUAAAACAUGUGUCAGAUUAGCCUGUUCAUAUUUCAUGGGCUAUAAUCUUGUCAGAUUAGCCUGUUCAGAUUUCAUGGGCUAUAAUCUUGUCAGAUUAGCCUGUUCAGAUUUCAUCAGCUAUAAUCUUGUCAGAUUUAAGCCUGUUCAGAUUUCAUGGGCUAUAAUCUGGUCAGAUUAGCCUGUCCAUAUUUCAUGGGCUAUAAUCUUGUCAGAUUAGCCUGUUCAGAUUUCAUGUGCUAUAAUCUUGUCAGAUUAGCCUGUUCAGAUUUCAUGUGUUAUAAUCUUGUCAGAUUUAAGCCUGUUCAGAUUUCAUGUGCUAUAAUCUCCUCAGAUUAGCCUGUUCAGAUUUCAUGGGCUAUAAUCUUAUCAGAUUAGCCUGUCCAUAUUUCAUCAGCUAUAAUCUCGUCAGAUUAGCCUGUUCAGAUUUCAUGGGCUAUAAUCUUGUCAGAUUUAAGCCUGUUCAGAUUUCAUGUGCUAUAAUCUCCUCAGAUUAGCCUGUUCAGAUUUCAUGGGCUAUAAUCUUGUCAGAUUAGCCUGUUCAGAUUUCAUGUGUUAUAAUCUUGUCAGAUUUAAGCCUGUUCAGAUUUCAUGUGCUAUAAUCUCCUCAGAUUAGCCUGUUCAGAUUUCAUGUGUUAUAAUCUCCUCAGAUUAGCCUGUUCAGAUUUCAUGGGCUAUAAUCUCCUCAGAUUAGCCUGUUCAGAUUUCAUGUGCUAUAAUCUCCUCAGAUUAGCCUGUUCAGAUUUCAUGUGCUAUAAUCUCCUCAGAUUAGCCUGUUCAGAUUUCAUGUGUUAUAAUCUCCUCAGAUUAGCCUGUUCAGAUUUCAUGUGUAAUAAUCUCCUCAGAUUAGCCUGUUCAGAUUUCAUGGGCUAUAAUCUUGUCAGAUUUAAGCCUGUUCAGAUUUCAUGGGCUAUAAUCUCCUCAGAUUAGCCUGUUCAGAUUUCAUGUGCUAUAAUCUUGUCAGAUUUAAGCCUGUUCAGAUUUCAUGGGCUAUAAUCUGGUCAGAUUAGCCUGUCCAUAUUUCAUGGGCUAUAAUCUUGUCAGAUUAGCCUGUUCAGAUUUCAUGUGCUAUAAUCUUGUCAGAUUAGCCUGUUCAGAUUUCAUGUGUUAUAAUCUUGUCAGAUUUAAGCCUGUUCAGAUUUCAUGUGCUAUAAUCUCCUCAGAUUAGCCUGUUCAGAUUUCAUGGGCUAUAAUCUUAUCAGAUUAGCCUGUCCAUAUUUCAUCAGCUAUAAUCUCGUCAGAUUAGCCUGUUCAGAUUUCAUGGGCUAUAAUCUUGUCAGAUUUAAGCCUGUUCAGAUUUCAUGUGCUAUAAUCUCCUCAGAUUAGCCUGUUCAGAUUUCAUGGGCUAUAAUCUUGUCAGAUUAGCCUGUUCAGAUUUCAUGUGUUAUAAUCUUGUCAGAUUUAAGCCUGUUCAGAUUUCAUGUGCUAUAAUCUCCUCAGAUUAGCCUGUUCAGAUUUCAUGUGUUAUAAUCUCCUCAGAUUAGCCUGUUCAGAUUUCAUGUGCUAUAAUCUCCUCAGAUUAGCCUGUUCAGAUUUCAUGUGCUAUAAUCUCCUCAGAUUAGCCUGUUCAGAUUUCAUGUGCUAUAAUCUCCUCAGAUUAGCCUGUUCAGAUUUCAUGUGUAAUAAUCUCCUC